AUGCAAAAUGAUGUAAUAAGGAAAUUGGAUUUAGUGGUGGGAAAGGUGGAGAAACUAGACCGAGGAAAGAGCAACGAAACCCCCAACUCAGGCUUGAACACUCCAGUAACGAACCCUAAAGAAAAGACAAAACUACCCCUACUCCACCAAUCAAUUCCAGCUACGUACAACUUCAUGGUUCCUGAUUCUUUUUGCCUUUCUUGGUCCUCCUUUGAUAGACGAACAAGGAUGGGGGCUUAUCAUAUACAGAUACGUGAAAACUAUUUCCCGCCAAAACACAGAAUCGGCGUUCCAGACACAAAAUUGGCGAUCCCAAUCGCGUUUCUGUGCAAUAAAAUUCGCCAAAAUCACGUUCCCAGUAGCGAAUCGGAGAAUAGAAGGGAUGGCAAGGAAGCCGUACUAAAGAGCGUUUCUGUUGGCGAUUGCAAACAAACAAUAAUUUACAGCUCUGAUUAUACGAUAUCGUUGGGCAAAGAAAGAAAUUUAUUUGGAGCGGCGUCCGUUGAGGGAAAAAGUUGCGAGGUUGUUCGAAUCUUGAUCGAUAUUCACGGUCUAUUUCUUUUUAAAACCAUUGUAGUUCAUCGGAGUCUAAAGAUUCGUGUUACGAUUGAAAGCGAGUUAAGAAAUCUACUAGAUGUGGAGGACUUGCUCCAACAAAGGAUUUGUGUAUAAAGAAUAUAUUGAGUUGCAUGCUUGAGAAGAGAAGAAAGAUAUGCUUGGAAAACCUAUUAGACUUGUCGUUUGAUGAAAUAAAAGACAAAACUCUCUCAGUAUUAAGGGUUGUAACACUUGAAAGAGCUUGAACUUGUGAAAGAAUAUACACAAAUCGGUAAACUACAUGGCAUGUUGUAUUAUUGGAACUUUUUAGAUUUAUGUCUAAUUUGGUUUUGUAGAAUAUGAAACUUAUUGAUAUUAGUUUUAUGUUUAUUGUUGUGGAAUGUGUAUUGAAGCUUUACAUAUCUAUGUUUAAUUUUGUUAGUUG